GCAAACAAACGCGACCCGAUGAGGUCGCCCGGCUUCCGUCACAUGUAUGUACUCGACCUCUGAGUAGUUCAGUCGUUAUACUGGCGCUGAUACAUGUUGAGCAGGUGACGAUGCUUCUCGUGAGGAGAGCCGUGCAGACGGCGGCGCGGAGGAGCCUCUGCAGGCCGUUCUCUGCUUCACAGACGCGCCUGCGAGAGAAAAAAGGUCUGGUUCUGGGAGUGUUUGAGAAGGAGGGAGAGGAGGGUGCUCUUCAUCUGACAGAGGCUGCAGCGGGGUUCGACCAGUCUGUGUCCGGAAAACUCUCAGAACUGCUGGAAAUCUCUGGACCAGGAAUCAAGAAAGGCAAGAGUAGAAUAUUUUAUGGAAUUCACAAGGACUUCCCAUGUGUCGCAGUAGUCGGGCUGGGCAAAACCAAUGAGGGCGUUUGCAAGGCUGAGAACUGGGACACCAGCAAGGAGAACGUCAGGCAGGCCAUGUCAACUGGCUGCCGCCUGCUUCAGGACCUGGAGGUGAACCAUGUAGAGGUGGAUGGCUGUGGAGACGCCCAGUCAGCAGCAGAGGGUGCAGUGCUUGGCCUUUUUCACUACGACCAACUCAAGUCCAAGAAAAAGACCAAAGUAACAGCACAGCUUCACGGAGGAGUUGACAAGGAUGGCUGGGAGAAAGGUGUCAGGUAUGCCGAAGGCCAAAACCUGGCGAGGCUGCUCAUGGAGGCUCCUGCAAACCACAUCACUCCUACUGCAUUUGCAAAUACCAUCGAAGAGAAGUUGGCACCGCACUCUGAGAGAGUCACAAUAAAUAGGAGAUCCCAGGCUUGGAUCGAGGAGCAGCAGAUGGGAGCCUUCCUCAGUGUGUCGAAAGGCUCGGAGGAGCUCCCUGUCUUCUUGGAGAUACACUACAACGGUUCACCUGACAGCAAGCAGCCACCACUGCUCUUAGUGGGAAAAGGCAUUACCUUUGACAGCGGUGGUAUUUCGCUGAAGCCCUCCCCGUCUAUGGAUGCAAUGAGGGCAGACAUGGGAGGAGCUGCCACAGUGUGUGCGUCCAUUGUCACGGCAGCUGCUCUGAAACUACCAGUCAACAUUAUCGGCCUGGCCCCGCUGUGCGAGAACAUGCCCAGUGGAAAGGCAACUAAACCAGGUGACGUUGUCACAGCCAAGAAUGGUAAAACAAUCCAGGUUGAUAACACGGAUGCAGAGGGCAGACUAAUCCUCGCUGAUGCGCUCUGUUACGGGCACACCUUCAACCCUAGAGCUAUUGUAAAUGUUGCAACACUAACAGGUGCCAUGGACGUGGCUCUCGGUUCCGCUGCAACAGGAGUUUUUACAAAUUCUGACUGGCUCUGGGAGAAGCUGCAAAAGGCUAGUGUUGUGACAGGUGACAGAGUGUGGCGGAUGCCACUGUUCCAGCACUACACCAAGCAGGUGACUGACAGCCAGCUGGCUGACCUCAACAACAUUGGCAAGUACAGCCGUUCUGGUGGUGCUUGCACAGCAGCUGCAUUCCUGAGGGAGUUUGUCACAGCUCCUCACUGGGCUCAUCUGGACAUUGCUGGUGUGAUGAGUAACAAAGAUGAAAUUCCUUACUUGCGGAAAGGCAUGUCUGGAAGACCGACCCGUACGCUGGUGGAGUUUGCUGCUGGAAUGACUCACAAUGGCUGAGAGAUGGAAAGAAAAUUUGAUAAUCUGCGAGUCUUUUCAUUGACACGGAUCUCACCAUACAGAAAGUAAAAUGCAAAGUAACAGCUGCUUGGUGGAACCAAGCAUUCUGCCUCUUAAGCUGUUUUUCAAUACAUAUUCAUUUAUACAUUGUAAAAGAAAUUACUUAUUAAAUAAAAUAUACAAAAUCACAAGAGAAGUUUAUGAGUAAUUAUGUUUUUCACAUUCCUGGCAAAGAUAUCCUGCAGUUCUAUGUUCUCCCAGUUUUUCAUAUCACUUUGUGAUUGUUUUUAUUAUAGUUUAAAUUGUCAAUCUCUCUAUUGUCUCUCAUUUCUCAUCGUGCCCUCUUGGUUCAUGUAUCUAAACUCACUGUUGACAUUAUGAAAGUGUGUGUAU